AUGUUCGCUGUCGAGGCACGACCGAGUCCAGGAGCCGAGGACCAGGACCCCACUCCCUGCACGCGCUCGGCGCCCCCCACUCCCACACCCCCCCACCCCCGCUCCAGCCGGCGGGCCACUGCUGCCGAGCCCGGAGCUGCUGGCUUCUUAAGAGUUCACGGCUGCUUGUUUCGGGCCCUUGGAUCUGACGAGACCCCCGCUCCCCUGAUCACCGUGUUUUUGAUGACAUUGACAUGUUUCCUUGAUCCCUUGUGCAUACACUUCAUGUAUAGUCGUGUGCGGACAAUUGAUUUGGCAGGUGAAAUAAGUACUUCCAUCCAUUACAGGCUGGGGAGUUACCAGUAUUUUUUGGCCUUCAUAUUUGCCAUGGAGGAAAUCAACAGAAACACUCAUAUAUUACCGAACACAUCUCUAGGAUUUGAACUCUACAAUGUCAACAGUAAUCAAUGGGAUACUCUGGAGGCACCUAUUAUGUGUCUCACAGGAAUGGGAAUAAUGGUUCCCAAUUACACAUGUAGAAGGCAGAAGAAGGCUGCUGCUUUGCUUACAGGAGCAUCAUGGGCAACAUCUGCAUAUAUUGCGAGACUGCUGAAUCUCUACAAAUAUCCACAGGUUUCUUUUGGGCCAUUUGACACUAUCCUGAGUGACAGAGGCCAGUACAUUUCUCUCUACCAGACAGCACCCAAAGACACAUCUCUGUCACGUGGCAUUGUGCUUUUGCUGCUCCAUUUCAGCUGGACAUGGGUGGGACUGGUUCUCCUAGAUGACCACAACGGGGUUGAGAUUCUCUCAGACUUGGGAGGAGAGAUGAACAGAAACCAAGUAUGUAUAGCUUUUGUAGAAAUGAUUCCAGACAGCAUACAUUCCUUUUACUUAAGUUCUAUUAUGACCAUGCAGAAGAUCAUGAAAUCAACUGCAAAUGUGGUUAUCAUUUAUGGUGACACAGAAUCUUUAAGUGGUAUUUUCAGACAUAUGGUGGACUUUUUGAUGAUUUGGAAAGUGUGGGUCAUGAAGUCACAACGGGAUCCAAGUAUUUCUGGUUCUUAUUUUUUGAUUGAUUCACUACAUGGGUGUCUUUGUUUUGCACAUCACCAUGCUGAGAUUCCUGAAAUUAGGAAGUUUAUCCAGAAAAACAACCCUGCUAAAUACCCUGCAGACCAUUAUUUUGAUUAUUUUUGGGAUAGACACUUCAAUUGUUAUUUUUCUGGAACUGAUUGCAAAAUAUUGGGUAACUGCAAACCCAAUAUUUCAUUGGAAAUAUUGUCUAGAGAUAUUUUGGACAUGGACAUGACUGAAGAGAGUUACAAUGUAUAUAAUUCUGUAUAUGCUGUGGCUCACAGUCUCCAUGAGAUGACUAUCAACCAAAUACAAAAUUAUCCCUAUGGAAAGGGAGAGGCAAAUACUUACCCUUGGGAGCUUCACCAUUUUCUCAAGAAUAUACAUUUCAAAAAUAGUGCUGGAAACAUUGUAGAUUUGGAUUCACAAAGGAAAUUAGAUGCAGAAUAUGAUAUUCUCAACUUCUGGAAUUUUCCACAAGAUCUCAAACAAAAGAUGAAAGUUGGCACAUUUUCUCCAAAAGCCCCACAUGACCAACAACUGUUCUUGUCUGACCAUAUGAUACAGUGGGCCACAGGAUUUAGAGAGCCUCCUAGCUCUGUGUGCAGUGAGAGCUGUCUUCCUGGACUCAGAAAAUCUGCACAGGAAGGGAGGCCUGCCUGUUGCUAUGAUUGCACUCGAUGUCCAGAUAAUGAGAUUUCCAAUGUCACAGAUAUGGAUCAUUGUGUGAGGUGUCCAGAAAGUCACUAUGCAAACACAGAGCAGAGCCGCUGCCUCCAGAAAACAGUGAGAUUUCUGGCCUAUGAAGACCCUUUGGGGAUGGCACUUACCUCGUUGGCCCUGGGAUUCUCUGCACUAACCCUUGUCGUUCUUGGUGCCUUUGUGAAGCACCACCACACUCCCAUUGUCAAGGCAAACAAUAGGAGUCUCACAUACAUCCUGCUCAUCACUCUGACUUUCUGUUUUCUCUGUCCAUUGCUCUUCAUUGGCCAUCCCAACACAGUCACCUGUAUCCUGCAGCAGAGCACAUUUGCAGUUCUGUUCACUGUGGCUCUCUCCACAAUCCUGACCAAAACGGUCACUGUGGUUCUGGCUUUCAAGAUCACAGUUCCAGGGAGAACGGUGAGGUGGAUAAUGACAUCAAGGGCUCCUAACUUCAUCAUUCCCAUCUGUACCCUUAUCCAACUUGUGCUCUCUGGAAUGUGGCUGAGCACCUCUCCUCCCUUUGUUGACUCAGAUGCUCACACUGAACAUGGAUACAUAAUUAUUAUAUGCAACAAGGGAUCCAAUAUUGCUUUCCAUUCUGUCCUGGGAUACCUCUGCUCCAUGGCACUUGGGAGCUACACUAUGGCCUACAUGUCCCGGAACCUGCCUGACACAUUCAAUGAAGCCAAGUUCAUUGUUUUCAGCAUGUUGGUUUUCUUCAGUGUGUGGGUCACAUUCCUUCCUGUCUACCAUAGCACUAAGGGGAAAACCUCAGUUGCUAUGGAAAUCUUCUCUAUCAUCUCAUCCAGUGCAGGUCUCCUAGGUUGCAUCUUUGUCCCCAAGUGCUAUAUUAUUUUGUUCAGAUCUCAUAGGAAUGUGCUUAAUUAUGUCAGGAAGAAAGCACAUUCUAGGAAAAAACUCAAUUAUACAGCUCAGUCAAUGAUUUUCUAA